AUGGUUCUACUUACCGAUCUCGUCAAUGCUGCUUUCGCUCUAUCCUCUGGUGUCGGUGAUCCAGCGUCGGUUGACACGCGAAAUGCCCUCGCUAGGCGUGAUGUAAAGUAUCUCCCUCGUUUUGCCAACGAUGCCGUGCAACUCCACCAUACAGUCAAGGUCGCCAAGGGUGUCGUUCAGGCGAGGGACACAGAGGCCGUUCAGGUGCCAGUGUCCGAGCUGGUUGACAUUCUAAGCAAGCUACACAGCCUCGAGAAACAAGUGGCUGCUCUGCUGCCAUCCGGUCGCCUCCCCGAUGACAAGAAGGCGGCCGCCAAUGGAGAAGAAUGUGAUGUCGAACACUUGCUGUACUACCUCGGAGUCAAUGGUACCGACAGCAAGCCUGACCAGGUACGUGAUCACCCCUUGUUCCGUAGAAACGCUAACUGCACUAUGGAUGCCGUGGCCGCAGAACAACAAUCCGGAAAGAACAGUGGAAAGAGCACUGCCGCAAACACCGCCGCAAACACGCCCGCGGGAUCAGGCGAUGAGCCUGCCUCGGCUUCUGCCUCUCCUGACAGCAAAGAUGGCCAAGCCAGUCACGGUAGCCCGUCAAGUAACGCCAAUCCUUUAACCCGCCCUACGUCUCCCGCGGACAGGCCCGACAAACCAAAGGAUGGCCCGUCAGGCGCAAUCUUGAUCGAAUCGCCCGACGCAACGGAUGCAGGCGGUUCCAAGAAAGCAGCCGUGGACGAUAUCGCGACUCCCGUGACCAAAGCGCCAAAGGAGGCAGAGCCGACGGAAGCAACAAACACGUUGGACAAAGUUUACACCACCACCCUGGAGGAGGUUGCCACAGACCUUGACGGCAAUGUGAAGACUACGACGGUCACGAGGACCAUGACAAACCGGGUGACGGUGACGAUUUCCCGAAAGCUCACGGUCGCCAUCGCUCCGUCUCCUACCGACGCAGCCCAUGAAGACGCAUCCCCCGCGAAGAAUUCGACGAAGAUCGUGGGAGAUGCGACCAAGGCCGCUGGAGAUGUGGGAUCCAACGCAGACACAGAGCAAGCUGCUCCCGGCCAAGACGUGACGGCGGCGCCUUCUCCCAGUUUGAAGGUCCCCGUUCCCGUCGGGGCGAACCAGCAGUACACCAACUCGACCGUCACGAAUCAAGACGUCGAGCCGGAGACUCCUGCGGCUGAGUCCACUCCCGAGGAAACCACAAGGCUUCUCAUGGGAACUGGUGAUUUGCCGAGCGGGUUCAAGACGAUAUCGACACCGGCCGCCAAGGCGGAGGCAGCAGAGACUACUCAGUGA